AGCAGAUCAUGAAAGGAGUGGAGUUGGUAGUGUUACACAAGCAAAAGCAGUUGAUAAAACCUUUGAAAAACAUAUUGGAAAAUCUCAAGAUUCUAGACAAAAGAAACAAGAUAUUUGUUGAUGAAACUCGGAUUGUAAUUCCAACUGUUGUAAAUGCCGAUGCAUUUCAGAUUGAGCAGUAUCAACAGAACAGUGAAAUAAUAAUUGAAAUACUAAGAGUGUGUGAUGCGACUGAUAUUCUGUGGAUUUCAAGCAAUUUAAAUCAUAUUAAGUUGAAUUUCAAAGGGUUUACAGUUCAAAAUGAUCAGGGAUUGGAACACAUUAAUCAUAAGUAUGGUGAUGAUAAAAACUUGCUUAUUCAAGCACUAAAUAAAUUUCUACGUUUGCACAAGAUUGAAGUAAUGAACGAUGAACACCAAAAAUUGAUUGAGUGCCUUCCAAAACGGUUUUCUUUUUAUCCUCCAUUGUUACUAAUUAACAAUAAUAAUACUUUCAACAAUAAGAAGUGGAUUCAAAUCUUUACUAGACAAAGAAUUAGUUUGUUGCGAGUGUUUUAUGAAUAUCUUCUAGGUGAGCUAAACAAAAGCAUAAAAGAGAGGCUCUCGCAUAUAGCUCUUAACAUGCCGAUAAUUGCUGAUGUUAGUACAGAUAAAGGACACAAUAAAGAACCAGAUACGACUGAGGAUAGCAGCAAAAAUGUCAAAAGAAUUCCAGUGAAUUUGAUUAAAAUAUAUGGAGAUUUUGGGGUUGAGGCAAAUAAUGAAACAAUUGGAUAUAGUGUGCAUCAUAUCAAUGAAUUGGAUGGACAGAAAAAGUUAUUUUGGUGUAAAAGCAAACAGUUCAAUGUAACACAAGUUUGGAAUCCAAACUUCAAUAUGUUCAGUCGAGGUAAUAUCAAGGAAAAACAAAGAAUAUUGGAUGAUUACCAAAAAAACUGUGGGAUUGAGGGAAAGGAUGUGAUUGAUUUAUAUUGUGGAAUUGGAUACUUUAGUUUGUUUUAUUUGAAGAAAAAGUGUUCAAGAAUAUUUUGCUGGGAUUUAAACUCGUGGUCAAUUAAAAGCUUUGAGAAGAGUUUACUUGCCAACAAGUACUCAAGCGAUGAAUACCAAUUGAUUGAUGAUAUCCAUUGCAAACUAGACAAAAGUAAGAGGAUAUACUUGGUCAAUGAAAAUAAUUUGUGUUCGUUUGAAAUAUUCAAAAACAAUAAUGUUGAAUUGGAUUUGGGACAUAUCAAUCUAGGGUUAUUGCCCACUUCCAGCCAUUCUUGGAAACUAGCGAUACAGCUUAUCCAGUAUUUCAAUCACUUCAGUGACAGGGUUAUUUUGCACAUUCACGAAAACAUUUCCACACAAGAAAUUGAGACUUUUGGGGGUGGUCUUGAAGAAAAGCUUAGAGUAAUAUACAACGAAGUGAUGGAGGCCUUUCAAACAGACCAAAGUGGAAAGCGAGCUGUUGCCUACGACGUCAGAUUUCUCGGACUAUUCAAAGUCAAAACGUACGCUCCCGGCGUGUGGCACGUUGUUUGUGACGUUGGUCUUUUUCGCAUAACGUAGGCUCUGCUGCCGGUGCUGCCAAUGCUUCUCGUGCUUCUCGUGCUUCUCCACCACCGGCGAAAACCGGGUAUUGUGAUUGGACAGGUCACAUGUUCAGAGUCUGAUUUGUCAUGUGACCACGUUUUUCUGAACCUUUGCGGUGGACCAAGUUGAAUCUAAAAUAUAAUUACACACCCACUGGACGUAUAUUCGGUUG